AUGACUUCGUUGAAGCAAUUCAUCCGCAAUGUGCGCGCAGCAAAGACCAUCGCCGACGAGCGGGCUGUGGUCCAGAAGGAGAGCGCUGCCAUCAGGGCCAGCUUUAGGGAGGAAAGCCACGAUUCAGGCGUGAGGCGAAACAACGUCGCGAAGCUCCUGUACCUCUUCACAUUGGGCGAGCGCACGCAUUUCGGACAGAUAGAAUGUCUGAAGCUGCUGGCAUCCCCCCGCUUCGCCGACAAGCGGCUGGGUUAUCUGGGCACCAUGCUGCUGCUGGAUGAGAACCAAGAAGUCUUGACGCUCGUGACAAACUCGCUCCAGAACGACUUGAACCAUCCCAACCAGUAUGUCGUCGGCCUCGCAUUGUGCACCCUCGGCAACAUUGCCUCUGUCGAGAUGGCGCGAGACCUGUUCCCCCAAGUCGAGACCAUCCUAUCCAGCGCGAACCCGUACAUACGACGGAAAGCCGCCAUCUGCGCAAUGAGGAUAUGCCGCAAGGUGCCCGAGCUACAGGAACACUUUUUGGAGAAGGCAAAGCUUCUGCUUCAGGACCGGAAUCAUGGGGUUUUGAUCUGCGGCUUGAACUUUGUCAUAAGCCUUUGCGAAGCAGACGAGGCCGAGGACGAUGAGAACGGCAUCAGGGACAUAUUCCGCCCGGUAGUGCCAAGCAUGGUCAAGAUUUUGAAAGGAUUAUCGGCGUCUGGAUAUGCCCCAGAGCACGACGUGCAGGGCAUCACGGAUCCAUUCUUACAAUGCAAGAUUCUAGAACUGCUCCGCGUCCUGGGCCGAGGCGACAACGGGGUCAGCGAACAAAUCAACGAUAUCCUAGCGCAGGUCGCGACCAACACCGAAUCGUCCAAGAACGUCGGGAAUUCCAUCUUGUAUGAAGCUGUGCUCACAAUCCUGGACAUCGAAGCGGAUUCUGGUCUCCGUGUGCUUGGCGUCAACAUCCUUGGUAAAUUCUUGUCUAACCGGGACAACAACAUUCGAUACGUUGCUCUCAAUACUCUCAUCAAAGUCGUUGCCGUGGAGCCAAAUGCCGUGCAACGCCACCGGAACACGAUUCUCGACUGUUUGCGAGACCCCGAUAUCUCCAUCCGGAGGAGAGCUUUGGACCUCAGUUUUACGCUAAUCAACGAGAGCAACGUUCGCGUUUUGAUCCGUGAGCUCCUUGCGUUCCUGGAAGUUGCCGAUAACGAGUUCAAGCCUGUGAUGACAAGCCAGAUUGGCAUUGCUGCGGACCGUUUCGCCCCAAACAAGAGAUGGCAUGUAGAUACAAUGCUUCGUGUACUGAAGCUUGCUGGUAACUACGUGAAGGAGCAAAUUCUGUCCUCUUUCGUCCGUCUCAUUGCGACAACACCGGAUCUCCAGACAUACUCUGUCCAAAAGCUUUACGCCGCACUAAAGGACGAUAUCACGCAGGAGGGUCUGACCCUCGCAGGCGCAUGGGUCAUCGGCGAAUAUGGUGAUGCUUUAUUAAGAGGUGGACAGUACGAAGAGGAAGAGCUUGUUAAAGAGGUCAAAGAGUCUGACAUCGUUGAUCUUUUCGAGACAAUACUGAGCAGCAGCUAUGCCGGACUCAUCUCUACCCAGUAUAUCAUCACAGCUUCAAUCAAGCUCACAACCCGGCUGAACGAGCCCGCACAGGUGGAGCGAUUGAGGAGGUUAUUGCAAAGAUUUGGCACCAACCUGGAUAUUGAGAUCCAGCAACGUGCUGUCGAGUACCUCAACCUUUUUGGUGUCGACCAAAUUCGGAGAGGUGUUCUCGAAAAGAUGCCCCCUCCCGAAAUUCGUGAGGAACAACGAGUGCUUGGAGAAGCGACUAAGAAGCGGCAGUCGAAGGUUCUGAAAAAGAAGCCGGCUCAGGCUGCGACCGAAGACCUUCUCCUCGACCUCAUGGGCGAUUCUGGAGUGUCUGGGGAUGUCAACGGUAAUGGGUCGCAGGCUCAAAGCGCCGACUUGCUUGCAGAUAUCCUUGGCGGAGGCGGCCCAUCCACUUCGUCACCUGGCCCUCAGACAACCUCACCGCCUCCUUCUAAUGUCGCCAACAUUAUGGAUCUCUUCAACUCGGGCCCUUCGAGCUCUCCAGCGCCUGCGCAAUCACGACCGCCACCCGCAUCAUCUUCAUUAGACAUACUCGGCGGCAUGUCGUCUCCACCACCACAAAGCUCAACCCCUGCCGCAGCAGGGCCACCAGCACAUACUGCCUAUAACAAGAACGACCUACACGUCACUUUCCAGCUGAAGCGCGACGCGACUGCUGUGCAGCUCCUUGCUCGUUUCCGAAACGUGGGCACCUUCAGCCACCUAUCCGGAGUUAGCUUGCAAGCUGCCGUGCCCAAGAGUCAGAAGCUUCAGUUACAACCCAUCAGCUCGGGUGAGCUGGACGCUGGCCAGGAAGCUACACAGCAGAUGAGAGUAACCGCCGUCAAUGGGACUGCACCUGCACGGUUACGACUGAGGCUGAAGAUCGGAUACUCAGCUGGCGGCGCACCGGUGACGGAGCAAGUGGACUGGUCUGAGCCCACCUAG